GAAUACAAGAGAAGGACCUGGACAGGUGGUUCAGUGGUUAAGAGCAUGUACUACUCUUCCAGAGGUCCUGAGUUCAACUCCUAAGUACCUACUUCAAGUGGCUCACAACCAGCUCCAGGAGAAUCGGAAACGACUCAUAUCCUCAGCUGUGGAGGAAGCCACUCCAGACUCGACUACCCACCUGAGGCUCUCCGGGCACAAAGGAAAGGCACGUCUGGCAGCCCUCCUUAAUCUCUUUCGAGACGAGGGGGCGACAACGCAGUGCCACUCUUACGGGAAUCCCCUUCACCUCUUCUUUCAUGGUACCAGCUCAGCAGGUGUCCGUGCUGGGUGAAGCCGGCUCUCCCAGGAGCCCCCGGAGGCUGGCAGGAGUGGAAAGGCCCUUCUCAGGCGGUGGGAGAGCUCGGAACUCGCUGAUGCACUCUCCCUCCCAGCGGGAUCACGGUGUCCUGUCACUCUUGGCCACCGCCUAAAGGUUUGUCAGUCCCAAUACUGCAGGGCGAAGCGGCGUCAGCAAUAAGGAAACUCCAGCAGAGACAGCAACCGCGACCCCAAGCCCUAAAGUGCUCCAAAGCGCAGAAUCGGAGCUAACGCGGUGCCCGGGUAACUCACCAAACUAAACGUCCCUCUCACCGACCUUCCCUGGCGCCCUGUUCCAACCGGAGCUUUAACCGCCAAGUUUCAAAUUGAUCCCAGAGGCGCCAGCCAAUCGGAGCGCGUACAGCCUGUGAGAAGCAGACGAACUUGAGCACGCACACCGUGACGCGCAAGGAGGCUGGAGCUCUGGCUCGCCCAAAGAGAGCUCCGCCCCGGCAGGGUGGUAGGAGCAUCCGCUUCCGGUUCCGACGCCGAAUUGGCUGUCGCUGACCGAGGCCUUCUUACCGGGCUUUGCCUGAAAUGGACAACCGGAUUCCCUAUGAUGACUACCCUGUGGUUUUCCUGCCGGCCUAUGAAAACCCUCCAGCGUGGAUUCCUCCUCAUGAGAGAGUGUACCACCCAGACUACAACAAUGAGUUGACCCAGUUUCUGCCCCGAAUUGUUACACUGAAGAAGCCUCCUGGUGCUCAGUUGGGAUUUAACAUCCGAGGAGGAAAGGCCUCGCAGCUAGGCAUCUUCAUCUCCAAGGUGAUUCCAGACUCGGAUGCACAUCGAGCAGGACUUCAAGAAGGGGACCAAGUUCUAGCUGUGAAUGAUGUGGAUUUCCAAGAUAUUGAGCACAGCAAAGCUGUGGAAAUCCUGAAGACAGCCCGAGAAAUCAGCAUGCGUGUGCGCUUCUUUCCCUACAAUUAUCAUCGCCAAAAGGAACGGACUGUGCACUAGAGACUUGCAGCCCACAGCCUUCCGUGUGGGAUCUGCCAGGACAAGCUGGCUAGACCUCUGAGAAGUUGGAGAAGUCAGGAAAUUGUACUCUCCACACCGUCCUGGUUUAGUGGAUGGGGAGGAUGGGGUGACGGCUUACCAGCUGUAUUAUGUACUGUACUGUACUAGGAGUUCCCUAGUUUGCUAGGUGAGUUUCAUUCUGGAAAAGGAGAAAGAUAGUGAUGUCUAGAUGCCUGUAGCCUGUGGGGAAAAGCCAACUAGAAAACAACUGGCGUUUAUCAGGUACCUUAGAUUGGUCACUUAUACAGCUAAUUUUAUUCGUAGAAAUCAGUAGAAAAAAAAAGUCUUGGGAACCUUCCAUCUGAUUUGCCUGGCCAUGCCAUCCAGUCCUUGUACAUAUAUACCUUGGAGUCCCAUACACUUAGGAAACUCCAAGGAGACACGUCCUGCUCAUCCCCGCCCCCACCCAAAGUAAAAACACAAUACUGAAUAAACGUGGCUUGAGUGAUACUACUGCUUGAAUAUAAAAUGCCAUUGAGGAAAACAAAUACAUCAAUCAAACACUGGGAGAAACAGCAACGUCAUACUUACUUUACAUCUCUAUCAGGCCAGAAUACUUGGGAGCUUAAAAAACACUAGCCAUCGAAUACCCGAGGGAGCUGGGCAGUGGUGGCGCACGCCUUUAAUCCCAAGGGAGGCAGAGGCAGGCGGAUUUCUGAGUCUGGGCCAGCCUGGUCUACACAGAGCAACCCUGUCUCUCAAUACUAAGGGAUCCCUAGAGUCAAGGGCUCUGGGUAAAACUGCCCCUUCCCCAGGAGUGUUCGACUUGGUGCUGUAGGGGUUGGUGUUGAUAUAUUUUUCCCACAUUCUCUGAUCUGGAACUUAAGCCAAGGAAGUGGCAUAGAUUAUUCCUUUUCACAGAUAGCAGUAGGAAAGUGGUUUCCCACUUGUAGUUAGUGGGAAUUACCAACUUCCUCCUUUUUCUGACCCUACCCCCAAAUAGCUUUCCUUUGUCCUAGUGACUGAACAUUACAUAUCUUACACAGAUCA